AUGGAAAACUUCGGAAAUCUGAACAGUCGACAGUUCGUAAAGGACUCAAUUUGGCUGGUUAAAAGAUGCACCAAGCCCGAUAGAAAAGAAUUCCAGAAGAUCGCCACGGCCACAGCGAUAGGAUUCGCUAUUAUGGGAUUCGUUGGCUUCUUUGUGAAACUGAUCCACAUCCCCAUCAAUAACAUUAUUGUGGGUGGCUGAGUCUCAUCGUGGGAACUAGUGAACGAAUAGGGGCGUGGCAAGCUCAUGAAGUAAAGAGUUGCCUGCAUACUUUGUGUCUUUCUUUUCUUUUCUCCUCCCUAUGAGGUUUCCUAUUUCUAAAUUAAAAUCAUUUCAAAAUAAACAUUUUUUCUACAA